GUCCAGUUGCCGUAGAGAUCAUGAGGAUGGUGAAGAAGCUUGGAGGAUGGAAGCAGAAACUGUGGAAGGGAGACAAGUUGGAGCUGCUGCUGUUUGGGAUUCCAAGGGACAUGACGAGGAUAGAGUUCAAGAACUGUUGUGACAGGGAGGGACUGCACUGCCUAGCAAGGGGACAAGUAGGCAGAGAACAUGAACACUUCCGGGUGAAAUUGACCAAGGGAGACAGCCAAGAGUGCUUGGGGGUUGAUAUCGAGAAGCUGUCGAACUACGUAAGGAAGUUUGGAUGGAGGGUUUGCAUCGCGAACAUGAUAGAAACAGAGAAGGUAAGGAGACAAGAGGCGAGGGCGGCGGAGGCGAAGAAAGGACCGAGCAGGGCAGUCGAGCAAGCAAGUCAGAAGAAGUCCGAGAAGAAGCGGAAGGCGAACGAUGGUGUGCGCAAAAUCUCCAAUAGGGAAAAGCGCAAGCUGAGAGUCGGGUCGUGGAACGUGUGCGGGUUCGCAAGGAGUGAGCGCAAGCGGUUGGAAAUAGUGGACCAAGUAGAACAAAGCGAUCUAGAUGUAGUGGGGAUCCAAGAGACGUGGGAAUUGAAGGAUGGGGACGUGGUAAGCAAACUAGGGAAAUACCGGUGGGUAGGGAAGGCAAGAAAGGGCUUAGACCCGAAGAAAAGGGGGGAGGGGGGAGUCGGAUUCCUGGUCAAGGAACACUUGUUUGACGUGGUGGAAGUAGUGGUGAAAACGGAGUUCGAGGAAAGCCUAUGGCUUAAGAUACCUGGGGAGCGGGGUGAGAAAGAUUUGUUUCUAGGGAACGUAUACGUCCCGCCGUCGUCGAAGAAAGUCGCAAGCAAGGCGCAGGAGAACUUUGGACAAAUUGGGGAAGAUGUCCAGAGGUUCAGUAGGAAGGGAGAAGUUGUCAUGGUGGGCGAUUUCAACUCCAGAGUAGGGAAAGCUUCCAGUAGAGGACAGGCGAUCGGGCAGCACGGAGAAGACAAAGUGAAUGACAACGGAGUGAGGAUGCUUGAAUUCUUGGGAAGCAACGAACUGAUGGUGUUGAACGGUAGGAGGGAAUGCGAUAAGCCGGAGUUCACAAGGCAACGGGCAGUUUGCAAUGAAUACUCAAUCCUCGACUACAUCCUGGUAGAUAGGGGGAGCACGCAGAUCCCAGAGCUGCACGUAAGUGCGAUAGAUAUAGGUUCGACCGACCACUUCCUCAUAUGGGCAAACAUCGACCGAUCUAGAAAGAUCAAGAGUAAGAAACAGAGGAAAGUGUUCCGGUGGAAGGUAGAGCGUUUGGGAGACGAUGGGACACGGGAUGAAUUCCAGAAGGGGCUGGCUGGUAGUGUAGAAUCCUUCAGGAAACUGCUGAGAAGCGUCGAAGACGGACAGGUAGACGUACAGGCAGCAGGGGACAGAGUGAUUGAAGGGUGGGAGUCCAUCGUGAACGCAACGGCAGAGAGAGUAGUGGGAACGAAGGUGGUACGAUGUGGGGUAUCGGUUAAGUGGUGGGAUGACGAGCUGAAAGAAGAAAUAGGGGAACGUAGAGAAGUCUUCAAGCAGUACCUGAGUGAGGCGUCUGAGGAGAGUUGGGAAAAGUACAGGGCCAAGAGAAAACAGGUGAAGGGACUAGUGAAAAAGAAGAAAAAGUGUAUUUGGGACGAAGUAGUGCAGAAGGCCAACGGAGGCCUGGAGGGAAACGUCAAGCAGAUGUGGGAAGGGAUUAGUGGAAUGGUAAAAAAGACCGCGCAAGGGGGGGAUACAGGGGUCGCAACUUUGCGAGGUGUGAACGGUGGAUUAGUCAGCAGUGGGAAGGGAAAAAGGGAAGUUCUAGCAGGACACUACAAGAGACUUGGAGUGCCCUCGGAGAAUGAAGCUUUUGACCAAGCGUUUAAGAAGGAGGUGGACGCAUGGGCCCAAAAAGAAGAAGAGACAUCGAAGGCAGACGUUGGGAACGUAGAACUAGAAAAGGAGUUCACUGAGGACGAGGUUGAGGCGUGUGUGAACAAGCUGAAGUGCCACAAAGCAGCAGGAGCGGAUGGGAUAGUCAACGAGUUCAUGAAGUUUGGGGGGAAGGGGAUGAUCCAGCUGAUGGUACUGCUAUACAAUUGGGUGUGGAAAAACGAGUAUACGCCAAGUAGAUGGAGGGAAGGAGUGGUUGUGAACUUGUUUAAGAAAGGAGACAAGACUGACCCAGGAAACUACAGGGGGAUCACACUGUUGAACACAGUAGGAAAAGUGUUCUGUAAGCUGCUGAACGAUAGGAUAGUGGGAGUAUUGGAGAAGGAACAUAGCAUUAGUGAGGGCCAGGCAGGUUUCCGCAAGAAGAGGGGGUGCGUAGACCACGUGUUCACGGUAGGGAGAAUCAUCCAAGGUAGAAAGAGGGCGGGAAAGCCGACGUACUGCUUCUUCCUGGACGUGAAAAAGGCAUACGACACCGUGUGGAGAAAUGGGUUGUGGAAACAACUGUCCAAAUACGGGAUCAAGGGGAAAAUGUGGAGAGUGCUGAAGAAGAUGACAGAGUGUACGAAAAGCGCGGUCAUGCUAGACGGAGAACUGUCAAAAUUCUUCGACAUUGAGCAGGGGGUCCCACAAGGUUGCACGCUGUCCCCAACAUUGUUCCAGGUGUUCAUCAACGAUCUGUUGGAAGUCGUAGAGGCAGUCCGGAAGGGAGUAAAAGUAGGGGACACGGAAACGUCGGUUUCAGGAAUGCUGUUUGCGGAUGAUUUUGUCGGUAUGUCGGACACCCCUGAGGGACUGCAACUGCAAAUUGACGCGGCGAAGAAGUUUACUGAUAAGUGGAGAUUGUCUGCCAACGUUCAGAAGAGUGCCGUCAUGGUAUGCAACGAGAACAAGGAGGAACCAGUAGAACAUAGAUGGAAGUGGGGGAUCGAGGAGAUUGCAGUAGUGGACCAGUACACAUACCUCGGAGUAGAGAUCGCAAAAGACUGCUCGUGGAAUGCACACAUGUCCAAGGUAGCGAAAAGGGGCAAAGCACGAGCAGGGAAGCUGCACCCAAUACUCGCAAACCGGCACCUCGAUACACGCAUCAAAUUGACGGUUUUGAAGAGCGUAAUCGUACCGCCGCUAGAGUACGCCGGAGAAGUAUGGGAAGGAAAUAAGUAGGUAGUGAAAACACUCGAGGCGGCCCAGAUGAAGCAGCGAAAAUCAUCCUAUAGCUGAC